GGGCAAACCUGUUUCUCGGGCAACAGUGUCAAAACAGGUCUGUAGUAAUCCACGACUACGAGUGAAUACUGGCUGCAAGCUGAAAAAAUCCACAGCGAAAAGUAAGAAGAGGGAGCCACUAGAUUCCACCCUACAGACACUCUGCAUGUUUAAGUCCAAGACUCUAAAACGUGUUUAUACACAGCUGAAAACGUUAAACACGGUUCAGUGAUACCCCAAACCUCUAGUGCUGGUUUCCACACCUCCCUGUUGAAGAGGCCACUGCUAACUCCUCCCACCACUUCCUCAGCUGGUACAGGUAUAUAAACAGAGGGCAGCACUUUGAAGCGAUGAUUACUGCAAAUUCCACACUCAGACAGUGACAAGUACUGCUGUGGUGUUGGGAGCCACGAGAUCAGCCACCUGCCAGCUGAGUGCAGGACCAUCCAAUUUUAUCUACAAAUUCGUCACUGUAGCUGUGUUCGUUGUGCAACCGUGAAGCUGAUAAAAAGGACAACCAUCACUUAUUCAUAUCUGCUAGCCUGGUGCUCCCCAAAACUUAAAAAAAUGACAGAAAAGUUGCACUAAACUUUGAAGGAAAGCAUCUCCAUUGCAUAGUGGCGGUCUUACCACAAUUAGCCUAGUAAUAUAUUAUAAACUAAGGGGGAUAAUAUCACCAGGGAUUAUCUGAACCAAGAGGAUUUUGUUUAACACAUAAUUAUUUACCUGCUAGAAAUACGGGGCACAAGUCAGCUUUACUUUUGCAAGAUUAUCUAAUGUGUGAAAUGCUGCUCAAUUACAGAUAACGAAACUUGGAAAUUUGGACCAUACUGAUAACGAGGAUUUUGUAUUUUUUAAAUGCGCCUGGAACUUUGCGGACUUACACUGAGACACAAUGCUACAGAUUGCAGCUGUUUUACACCUGUGGUAUUAUUUUGCACUUGCUGAGCAGGGAGAGCCAAUCCCAGAAGACAUUUAUCACAUAUUGGGUAGCAGUAACAUCCACUCAAUUGACGACCUCCGAGUGGCACUUCACAUAGACUCCGUAGAGGAGGAUAGAACACACGCAGACGAGCAAGACUUCAAAAAAGACCAUACAGGAAGCUUACGCUUACCUCGGAUUGUACGAAGCUUAGGUACUGUAAUAGAGCCGGCAGUACUAGCAGAGUGCAAAACACGAACAGAGGUGUUUGAGAUUACACGAAGCAUGGUUGACCCUACCAAUGCCAAUUUUAUUGUGUGGCCCCCAUGUGUUGAGGUACAACGCUGUUCUGGUUGCUGUAAUACAAAGAAUGUUCAAUGCAAGCCAUCAAAGGUUCAUGUGCGGCAUGUGCAGGUAACGAAAAUAGAGUAUGUGCGACAAAGACCGGUUUUUAAGAAGGUUGCAGUGCCCCUAGAAGAUCAUCUGGCAUGUCGUUGUGAACCAGUUGUACACACCAGUACCCGCACUAUGCCAGCUAGCACAACACAAGCACAAGCUGCAGUCAGAAAUUCUACUGGUAUAGCAGACCAUCAGCAACAGCCAAGAAGGCGAAAGCAACGGAAACACAAGACCUAUCGAAAUGGGCUGUCAUUGAAAGAGUCUCUUGCAACAUAGAAGCUUGUAAGAUACUUUUAGGCUAUUUAAUAUUAUUUCUGCAUAACCCCUAUGGGGCAUUGAAGUGGCUACCUGCCAAUACAAACUGCAAAGGUGCUUCCUAAACAGAUUUCUGUUUUUCUGUCGAUGGCUCUUUUUUAUUACACAAAGCAUAACUUGUGCAAUGUCUAAUAAGGUGAAAAAAGAUGUUGGCAUCUUUGGUAGAUUCCACCAGUGGAGAGAAACAGAGACAGAGAAAUAUUUUAUGGAGCGGGGAUGUAUUCCAGACUGGCAACUUAUCUCUGUAUGAGUGAUCAAAAUGCACUAAAGCUCUGCUGUAACAGAUCUGGAAACCACUAAAUGCACAAGGUGAUGGCUACUGAGUAAUGACAUUCUGUGCCACCUCUGCAUGACAUGCAACUGGAAAAAAAUAAACAACUGAAUCAAACUGGAACUGAGUCCUCCAAUAUACAAAGGGCUAUCUGUCUUGUAAAACAUGUUAUACCCUUUGUUAUUUGUCAUCUCUGCUAAUGUAUGUGUUUUCAGAUGCUUCUGAAUCCUGCUUUCUUUUAGGGAGAGAAGACACCUGCACAAUAGUUUUAAGAAUAUUUUCAUGUCAGAAAUGUGUGAAAUGACCAUGUGUUUGGUACUGGCAUUAAUCUGUAUGUUGAUGUCAUCUUCCCUUUCCAUUCCACUAGCUACAGCAACCAAGCAGAAGUUUAGGUUCCCAAGUAAUAGGCUAAUAAUGCAUUUGUGGGUGUUUGCUAAAUGUUCACACAGUAAGAAGAAAGCAGCACCUGUAUGUCACUUAUCUGAUGUACCUUAAAUUGACACUGCUAAGUCAACAUUGUUGUCUAUCUGCCAACCAGUCAUCUGAGGACUGCAUUAAAUAUCGUGGACUUUUCAAGCAAAACGUUCACAGAUGGUUCCUUUUAAUAGAUACUGAGAUCCUUUUAAUAAGUAUAAAUUCUAAAGCUUCCAACAGCCUUUCUUUACUAACUGCAGUCAGUAAUCUGGUAUCUUUGAGCACCAGUGGAUUAAUAAAGCUAAGACCACCAGUGCUGAGGGAUUUUCUAAACUGCAUACAUUCAUGAGAUAUGCUUAGCUAGUGUACAGUACAGUGAGUAUUGAAAUGCACUAAUCAUAGGUUUUUAUAUGACAGCGUAAGUGUUAAUCUUUGUUUCCAUGUGUGUCUUAUGCGAUUGUGUGUUUUAGUAAUCAGCCAUGCUCAGCAGCACUCCAGCAAGUUCUUGUUAUUUUAAUCUUUGAUCUGCUAGAGUCCAGAAGAUGCCAGUACAUGUAUUUACUUGUGAACUUUUGUUGUGGUUAAGUGAUCUGAUAAAAUCCACUCAGUGUACACAUGGAGGUUGUGGAAACUGAAUUCACAAAGGAAUAUUUCAUUUAUAGCUCAUGAUGUUAACUUGGUAAUGUGUUCUGGCUGCACCUUUUUCAUCCUGGUGAUGAUGCUGGGCACCAGCUGGAAGCAACAAUGGUCUUCAUUUUAUACUUUACAAUAAUGGCUUCCCACUGCAAUGAAUUGGGAAACUCUAAGUGCAGCUGCACUUGAACAGUAUUUUCAGCAGCAAUGGUCUUCAUUUUAUACUUUACAAUAAUGGCUUCCCACUGCAAUGAAUUAGGCAACUCUAAGUGCAGCUGCACUUGAACAGUAUUUUACUUUUCAGAAAAAACUUAGCAUUCCAGUGUAAAUUCUGCUUUUGAAAGAAGAUACCACAGCACUGUCUACAUCUGCUAUGUGGCAAACUUUAACCAAGAAGUACUGCUAUCACCCCUGUAUAAAACAGAUCCCUUCACCAUUGUAUGUUCUCCAUACCUGGCUGAUGUACAUGACCCUGUCAAUGUUUACUCUCAGUAGAAUGACAGGACCCGAUAUUUUUAUUACUCCACAAAACCACCAUCCUGUGGACAAAUUGUCCAUUUUGGAAGCAUCACUACAAGCUACAUGUCCUUGGAAGAUGUAGUCUUCUUAAUUCAACAUCCUCUUCUCUUAUCCAUUUAGGAGCUAAUACUAAUAUUUUUUUUAUUCAAAGAAUUUGUAGUUUUUCUUACUUACUUAUGAGUAGGUGACAUUUUUUUAUUUCUAGUUCUCUUUUGUACAAUAAAUGUUGGCAAAUUGUUGCAGUCAUCUAUACAUGAAUGAAAUGAUGAAUGUAUAUAUUAGUUUAUUUAAAUAUUUUUGAAAAAGCUAAAAGAACUGUCUACUGUGGAGUGAUAUUUGAAAGGGUAUGCAGAAAGUCAUAGAAUGGCACCUGUUCUUAAAGGGACGUUGACAGAGUUAUGCUUUAUAAGAAAUUAAUAUUUUUUAAACUCAUAAAUGUAGAAAUAGUUUAUCAAAAUUAAGUACAACAGCUGGGCUGGAGUAUUUAUUCAUUUAUUUAUUUAUUUUUUAUAACUUGUCAGCAGUGUGGAAUAUGAUACAACAUCACAAUGAACAAGUAGUUUCCAGGUAACUGUGAGGAAUACAGCAGCUAAUCAGAGUGAAAGAUGAGUGAAAAUAAAUUUCUUUUGCCCUUUUUCACCAAACCAUGUCUCCUGAAAAGAAAAAAAUAAAUAAUGUUUUUUUCACAGACAACACUUUGUCUGAAGCCUUAGUUUUUGGCAGCUUGUCUCUUUACCUGAAGGUGUAAUCUUCUCGCAGUUUAUUAUGCGAAGCAGAGUUAACCUAUUAAGGGUUUGGGGGAUCCUCAAGUUAAGUGAUGCCAUGUAAGCCACACCUGUCUAAGGUCUUAGGGACUAAAUGGCUUCCACUCACUAAUGCUGCUCAUGCAUAUCUACCUAAUACUGUUUAAAAAGCUGUUUUUUAUACUUACUGAUUUUCUGCAUAAAUUGGUUAAAGAAAAUCUGUGAACUUUGGCUAAAAGUCGGACUCCAGCUUAAAUUAAGUACAAGGCUUAAUUAUAAAUUAUCUGAAAAGAUGUAUGAAUAAAGUAUUAAAGUGGCAGAAGACCUUCUUUGAACACAUUCUGUAGAGAUGGCUUACCCUUUUACAUUGCUUCUUAUAUAUUAUGAAACAAAUGAGGACACAAAGACUGCAUACAAAAACAUGACAGAGCACAUUGAAGUACAUGCACUAAAAGUCAAAACAAGUGAAAUCUGUAACAGUGAAAGAAACAUCACAGACAUAGCACAGUGUACCUUUCCACAAGCAUCCAUACAAGAUCAGUUCUGAAGUCAUUUUAAACUAUGAAGAACAUAUGUUAACUUUCCUACCCAAAACAUCUACUUAUUUUUUGUCUCUGAAUUCUUCUAACCACUGAACCUUUAUCUGGUCACUUUAUUGACUCAUUCAGUCCCCUUAACAUGAGGGUGAGCAUGGCAGGAAUGAAGCUUUCACCCAUGCUUGGAACCAGGGUUUUUACUUUUAACUAUUAACCCCCCCCCACACACACAAAAAAAAAAACAAAAAAAAAUUUACAAGCCCGCAGGCAUCUCGGUAGUGAGUGCAUAGUGAGCCAACGUGAUGGGUGGUGACAUUUUUGUGAAUGAUGUAUUCCCCUCUAAGGAUCUGCCUUGGUCUGCAAUAAGUACCUUUAUCUGUUCUUUGGUAAUUUCUACCAGGGAAGUCUAAUACUGGCUGUGAAUCCCGGAAGUGUGCAGUCCCCCUUCUAUGUGAGAGAGGUAAACAGGAAUUACCUUGUCAUUCCUGUCUCACUCUCUCCCAAGUUUUCCAGUGCCUAGGAUGGUAACUAAUUCUGGGUCAUAGUAAGGUCUUUAUUCAUUUACACAAGGAAGUUGGUCUUUGUUACCCUAAAUAUUGUAAACAGCUCCAGGUUUGCUUUGUAGUGAGGAAAGGAGCCCUUUCUUUAUUACAGUGACCACUGUCACUGGGUAAAACCAUGUAAAGAGUGUCAUUACUACAGAGCCAUAAGAUAUUAAUACACUGUAGUCUAGAAUAAUACUUAGAAGUUACUGUAAUUCCUAAAAACAUAACUAUCUCAAAUUUACAGAAACUUCUGUACUUCCUAAAAGUGUUGCUAUCUACACUGUAAGCCCUUCCAUCUCUCAAAAAAAAAAAAACGUAUUAAUGUUAGAAAACAAGUUGCUUCCGAGACAUUUUUGAACACUAGCAUUUUUAGCUAAUGAAACUUGAUCAGAGAGUACUGCCAAAAUUGCAGUCAUUUGCAGUGCUGUUAGACUCAUGACCUUCUGGGAUAUACCUGUGUUCUGUAAGUCAUUAAUACCUGAACUUAACAGGACAUUUCUAUAAAUUUCUGUGACAGUUCUUGCAGAGAACAGAGUAUUUUCAGUGAGAAUUAGUUUAUUUCAUGCAAGAAGUUGUUAUGCCAAGAUACUGUGAAUGUUAAUUUCCUUCAUCACAGAAUGGAAUAAGUGCCAUUAUCUUUGACCACUUACCAAAGUUUGCUAAUGAUGUUGCCAAAUGCAGCCAUGCUUAAUUUCAUAUUUGCAAGCUUAAUUCUUAUAAAACUUGUGAAUUUUUGCCCAGAUUUGUAAGGCAUGUAAGUUACAUGUACUUAAAAUCCACCUUCCGUAAUAUUAACUUGUACAUAACCUUUUAAAAAUGUAGUGUCCGGGAUUAUUUUAGUUGCACUGUAUGUAGUAGUUUCUCUCCCCUUUUUUGGAUAUUUUAAGUGUUAACACUCACUGAACUGAAAUGUUUCUAAACAAGAGCUUGGUCCCUGGAAUUAAAGCAGUAACACAGCCCUUGAUUGUAAGAAAAUCAUCCUACCAAAGCAGUAACACUACCCUUGAUUGUAAGAAAAGGAUUACAAGAUUGGCCAGGAUGCAUAGGCUAAUAUGAAACCCUUGAGGUGACUCCCAGUUCUAAAAGGUGAAUUGAUCUCACAACACCUGGGCAUGGACAUUUUACAUUGGUGCUGUGCAGCAAUAUAAAGUCUCCAUGUAACAGCGUGGUUCACUGAUGUAAAUUAGCCUUGCCUGUGUAAAUGGUGCCCCACCUGUAUGUUAGUACAUGCACUGUAAGCAUUACAUGGUGGAAAGGCUGAUGUGAAUUAGACUUCCCUGUGUAAAUGGUGCCCCACCUGUAUGUCAGUACAUGCACUGUAGCCAUUAUUUGGUGGAUAGACUGAAGUGAAUUAGACUUCCCUGUGUAAAUGGUCCCCCGCCUGUAUGUCAGUACAUGCACUCUAAGCAUUACAUGGUGGAAAGGCUGAUGUGAAUUAGACUUCCCUGUGUAAAUGUUAACCAACCUGUAUGUCAGUACAUGCACUGCAAGCAUUACAUGGUGGAAAGGCUGAUGUGAAUUAGACUUCCCUGUGUAAAUGGUGCCCAGCCUGUAUGUCAGUACAUGCACUGUAAGUAUUACAUGGUGGAAAGGCUGAUGUGAAUUAGACUUUCCUGUGUAAAUGGUGCUCCACCUGUAUGUCAGUACAUGCACUGUAAGCGUUACAUGGUGGAUAGGCCAGUAGCCUGUAUUACAACUAUAUAGGUGGGUGAGAAUUUGGCCAAGGACAGUAAACGUGUUUUAAGUUGUUUUUAGAAACUGUACACCUUUGAAUACAAGGGAUGACUCAAAUAUGUUAAAUGAAAAGAAAAGACUUUGGAUGCAAAUCCUGUUGUUUCAAACAUGAGAAUGCAUACAGGACUUGUUUUUUUACCUGUCAGGAAUGCUUUUUCAUGUUUGCAGUAUAGCUUGAUAUGUGAAGACGACUGGCUUUGGAAGACUUCAUUGGUUAUGUGGUGGGCUCGCUGGGGAUCAGCCUGCACAAAGAAUAGUCAGUCAGUAUUGACUUCAUAGCACCUUUGUGACUGUAUAUGGUCCUGAUGUAACAUCUUUUCAAAAGAGCUGGCAGUAGCACUGGGUAGCGUGAGAAGUAUUCUAUUCCCGUAGCAUGGUAUCAUGCUAUAGAUCAGUCUAGGUUGUCACUAUUGCUAUAAUGUUGUAGCAUGAUGGUGGCCCUCCACAAUGCUGCCUCAAACAUUUUAUCAUCCCACAGUUUAUGCUUGGUUUAGCAGAGACAGUUAAGGAUUCGUAGGUAGAGAACUGUGGAACAGUCCUCAGGUUAUUGUAUGUAAUUACUUUUAACUGAAGACACAGCCAUAAGUAACAAGUUCACCAUUUAAUAGGCUGUUAUGGUGACUAAAAAUGUAAUGUUCCACAGCAAACAAAAAAUUUAAAAUAUUAAUAAUAAUUGUUACAAUCUUGAGCAAUAAUGACUAAUGUGGAUUCACACUAGUUUGCUAAACAAAAGUGUAGUGUAAUCUCUCAUGCUUGGCUGUGAGAUGUAAAAUUUAAGAAAACAAUACCACGAACAAAAACCAACGCCAAACAACCAUGACCAGUGUUCUGAUGAAGCCUGGUACUUGACCUGGUGAAAGUGCUUAACAGUGAAUUUUAUUGGAGAAACUUUAAUAAACUGUUAUACUUCCUUGGUGGUGAUUAACAUCUUUAUUUUGGAAUUUCUGUACUGUGAGUCCAUAGUCCUGCUGGCUGUGGUUGUUUGGCUGUGAGAUGUCUUACGUAGUUGUAUUUUUAUUGUUUUUUUUUUUGGAAGGUUGUUUAGCCCAGUGCCUUAAGUAACAUGGCCUGUGAAAGAAUGCUAAUGGCAACAUCUAACGGGUUUUGCAGUCUGUUUCAUAUAAAAAGAGACAUAGCUGAAAAAAAAGAACAUAGAUUUACUGUAUCUUAUUUUUAGUUGAAAACAUUACUUGCAAGAGCUAUAAAAGUAAAGCAGAAGCUCAGCAUAUAAUAGAUACUGCUUAAUGCAACCAAAAUGUUGUAUUCCCUUGUCUUAUUAGAAUUUCUUUUGAGAAAAAAAAUGUACUCUGUGCCCCCCUCCCCCCAAAAAAACAAAACAACAACAAAAAAACAUGUUUAUCUCAGUAGCACUAACUUUCAUCUUGAUCAUGUAGUCUUAUGGUACAAAUAUAAGUAUUCUGAAAUCCCAAAAAUUAUUGCAUUACUAAGUAAUCAUUUUUAUUCUGUAAUGUCUAUUGAUGUUCCUGUUUAGCUGUAAGAGCUGUUUAGAUUUGUUUCUGUUUUUAUGAGAGAGAUACAUUGUUCUGUGAAUACAAGCUUGAAAGUAUAACAAUCAAAAUUACAUCAUCAUGUAAACACACAGUGGAUCAUUAGCACAUUUUUUGUGUGUUUUCCAACUGUUGCCAGUAGUGUUGCUCAGCUGAAGAGCUUUCUAGAAUGCUAGGAUUAUCACUAAAGGUUCAUUACUAGUUGACUGAUAAUACAAGUGAUGUUGAUUCCCAUUUGUAAUAUGUAGUAGCUGUUAAAUGGUGUACCAUACUGGGGAGCAGAAUAGCACUUAUAGCUGUUGCUAAAUCAACUCUGUUUUCCAUGCCUUGAGAGGAGCAAAUCAUUUAAAGCUUGAAAAGCUUGAAUGCAGACCCUGUGCUGCUGCACAGUGGUCUCACCACAUUGCUAUUCUACAGCUAACAUAGCUGGCCUUAGGCAUAGGCCAACUAGGUGGCCACUUAAGGCACCGCUGUAGCAGGGGCACUUUUCCAGUAAACUGGAUGGUGUAAAUAGACCAGGAUGGGGGCACCAGGUGGUAUGGGGGUGCUGUGGAGCUCUUUUGCCUAGGGCACCACUUGAUCUAAGGCCAGCCCUCUGUCAGCUAAGCACCAAGGCUGUAGGGCUUAAGUCCCAGCACUAGCAUAGCUAAACUUAUUAUAUUGCCAGAGAUCAUCUUGCCAUGCCUAAGUGUCGAGUGACUGAUGGCAAGAAUAUCCAUCAAAAAUCUACAUUUAGUACAGAAUCACCAAGCAACUUAUUUGAAACAGAUUGUUUAACCUGAAUGGAUAAAAAAAGUGUUACACUAAUUCAAACUCUGACACUUUUAUGACCCAAGGUGGCCCAUCAUUCACUUAAUUACUUCUUGAGUAUGGAUUCAGUGAUACCAUGUACUUUUAACUUGUGUGAAAAAGAAAGUUUUUAUUAUUCAAGUCUUUUGUUGCAUUUAAUGUAGAUAAAAGAUCUCACUGCUAUCAUUAGUGAUGUAAUACUGUAAUACUACAGCUAUGAUGUCAUAAUACAUUCACAAAUCAGACGUACAGCACUGCAAAAUGUUAUGUAUUUUAUACAUUAUGCUAGAUGUAUAUCUAGCCUGUAUCUCUAGGUCAUUGCCUAGAAAUUUAAUGAGUCCCUUUAAAAAAUAUACAUGCUUUCUCAAACAGUGUCCAUGUUUUUUUCUCAUCUGGAACACUGUCCUAUUUUGAGAUAUGCAAAGCUGGCAUUUGGAUGGACUUACUUUCUCAUCUUAUUUGAAAGAUUGAGUAGAUGAUUUCCUGUGCACCUUACUGAAUAACAACUUUCAAGAUUAACAUAGUCUUCAAAGAGUGGUCUCCAGUCUUGGUUCUAAACAAUGUGAAAGAUUUUGUGAAACAAUGCAGCAGACAUACAUGCUUUGGUUAAUUGUUUGUUUACUUCCUCAUUUGUAGGGAAUGUUUUGAUUUGCUUGUAAGAUUAAGUUAUAUUUAUGACCCUGAGGUAAUAAUUAGCAGUUUGCAAAUGUCUUAAAUUCCAAGGAAAUAUAUUAGAAAUGGUAAAUAAAAGAUGCCCUUUAACCAAACCAGAAGCUAAACCAUUUAAAAUGGUUUAGCCACUUUAAAGAAUGAAAAUAAAAUUACAUUUUUUAAAUAGUAGUAAUGAAACAGGAUGGCAAAUGUAGCAUGCAAUGAAGCUAUUCCAGCAGCAAAGAUAAUCUUAAAAACCUGUUUCAGUUCUAGGGUUUUUUGCAUACGUUUAGGCAUUUCAUUUUAUGUCUCGGCAGAUUACGCCAUAUGAAGACUUUUGAUCAAAAGAUCAUUCUAAUUUUAUUUAAACCAUUCCAUUUGUUAUGAUUGUCCUUCUUUUUUCACUAUUAAUUUUUUUAUUUGAGCUGUGCUUUUGGAGAAUUGUGAGGGAAAGUCCUCAGAAUAUACAGUGACUAGAAACAGAGGCAACAUUCAUUGACUGUUAUAAAUCAAACUGUAGUGGCAUAUAUUGAGAUCUGGUGCAUUUUCUGCUGUUAUUCCUGUCCCGCACAUUCUGAAAUAACAGUCUUUAACCUUCUUUUUAUGAGACUGCAGAUAAAACUCAGAUAAAAAAAUCAGUUACCCAAAGAUGCAGGUUACCAUCUCUGCAUGUCUUAUUAUUCUGUAUCCUAUGCCGGUGUCCUAUGUGUGGGCAACAGCAUUUGUAAUUGCAUUUACAGUUCUGCUGGUCAUCAAAUCCACUGUGACACAUUUAAAACGGUGAGUUUGCAAAAUGUUUGCUAGGAUUCAUAGCCAUACCAUAAAAUGAAAAGCUAUACAGUACAGCAUGGAUACUAGGAAACCAUACCCAAUUUAUAGUCCCCUAGCUGUUUACAAGCACAGGACAGUGAUACUGUGUAUUGAGCUGUUGUCCUUAUGGGAAUGUAUAUGAUUAUAAAUUGAUUAACAGUGCAGUGGCACAACCCAGCACAUUGAUGCAAGGUACACUGCACAGCUGCUGUGCCAUUUUCUAUGAAUCUUGACUACAACAGGCUGGCAGUAUAAAAGCAAUAUAUUCCUGCUUAUGGAGUGUGUGCUUUAUUAUUAAAAAUAUAUAAAGCAUUAGUUUGCUACUCUAUAGAAGGGCUUUAAAUCAAUUUUUUUUCUGAUACACUGAGUAUUCUGUCCUGCUGAAAUAAGACCUUUAUGACUAUUGUUCCAGUAAUUACAACUGUUUUACAUUGUUUGCUUCACGUCACAAGGUUCCUCUAGUUAGAUCUAUAGCUUUUUACCUAUCCAUGGGGUGAUGUGGUGACAAACAAACCACCUAUUCAGCAUGCUGCUGUGAAAGCCAGAACCUGCAAUCGCGUUCUGGUAGGAAUGAGUCUUCUGUAUGCUGUAUAUUUUGUAUACGUUCGGCUAUUUUAUUGUGCCUUAUUAUGUUGUCUAUAUUCAGUUUUCUAGUCCUGAGAUUCCUCUCAUGUUUUGACAUUUCACAUUACUACCAUUUGAUAUUGGUCUCCCAGUUUCCACAUUUUCCUUUGUAAAUUGUUUUAAAGUCCAUAUUGUCUACAUCCUUUGUCUGUUCAUGUCCAGAAUUUUUUUAUUUUGCCACAUUGUAUUAUUUGUGUACAUAUCCAUCUGUGAUGCUUUUGUUGAAUUUGAAUUUUUAAUUUAUAUUCAGUAUUUAAUGUACAAAUGUGCUGUAAGUAAAAGAAUAAAAUAUUGUCUUGUGAAAAAUCAUGUCA